AUGUCUUCACUAUCAACACCCGAAUCCUCGCGCCCAACAUCCCGAUCAUCGCGUGUCAAGAUGUCGAUUGAUCUCUCCAACCUCCCACCACUAACUCAACCAACUCCUCCUUCCAACACCCUCAUAAUCACCAACCUGCAAGACGCUGAAGUCUUCCGCCCCGACAACCUCCAAACCAUCAAAGAACUCAUCAACGCUUCCGCACCCAUUCACUCCUGGGCACCCCUCAAAUCCUUCCGCCGCAUCAUCGUCUCCUUCUUCGCCGAAGAGUCCGCCAUCCGCAUCCGCCAGAUCCUCGAUGGUGAAGCCAUAAUGGGCGAGCGUGUAAAAGUCUACUUCGGAAACCCAACCUCCAUCGAGACCAAAGACGAGCAUCUCCCACUUCCCGACGCAGGAAAGCUAUUCUUCAUCUCUCCACCGCCAUCCCCACCACACGGAUGGGAAGUCCGACUCGAAGACGCACCAAACAAGCUGGUUCAUGCGGAGGAUUUGGCCGAGGCGUUGGCUAAACUGCAUCAUCGUCCCAGAAACGAUAUUCCUGCUAGUCCCAUCAGCGAUAACGAGAACGAAGGCGGCAAUGUGAGGGCGAGAAGUGGUUCUUUGGUCUUGUUCAACCCCAAGGAGAUGGGUCAUAGUCCUAAUCUGCCUGCUAUCGAAGUUGAGGAUAUGACGGGGGAUAUUAGUCCGAUUGACUUUGAGAGGCCUAUUUUGGCACAUACCGAGAGACCACCAGUCGAGUUGAUGCACGUCGAUUCAUGA